CGGUCUCUGCCCUCCUUUCCCGGCGCCAUGUCGGGCCUCCGCCGGUCCCUGCCGCCGCUGCUCCUGCUGCUCUCCGCGCUCUGCUCGCCCGCCCGGAGCCUCCGCGAUGGGCCCUCCAGGAUCGCCGUGGUGGGCGGUGGGAUCGGCGGCUCGGCCGCCGCGUAUUUCCUGCGGCAGAAGUUCGGCCGUGGCGUGCAGCUGCACGUGCUGGAGAAGGCAGCGGUGGGCGGCCGGCUGGACACGCUGGACGUGGAGGGGGACGCCUAUGAGGCAGGGGGCUCCGUGAUCCACCCCCUCAACCUUCACAUGAAGCAUUUUGUCAAGGAGCUGGGCCUCUCAGUCACCUCAGCGCAGGGCGGCCUCGCGGGUGUUUACAACGGGGAGGAAUUUGUGUUUGAGGAGAGCAGCUGGUCCUUCAUCAACCUCCUCAAGCUGCUCUGGCACUACGGCCUCAACCCCCUGCGCAUGUCCAUGUGGGUGGAGGACAUUCUGGACAAGUUCAUGAGGAUCUACCGGUACCAGAUGCACGACUACGCCUUCAGCAGCAACGAGCGCCUGCUCCACACCCUGGGAGGCGACGACUUCACCCGCCUGCUCAACCAGACCAUCGAUGAGGCCAUGCAGAAAGCGGGAUUCUCCCAGAAAUUCAUCAAUGAGGUGGUUUGUCCGGCCAUGAGGGUGAAUUACGGCCAAGGGGUCACCAUCAAUGGCUUUGUAGGUGCUGUGUCCCUGGCUGGGGUGCAGUCAGGCCUUUGGUCUGUGAAAGGAGGGAACAAACUUGUCUGUUCUGGCCUCAUCUACUCCUCCAAGGCCGAGGUUAUCCCGGGAACAGUCGUGUCCAUAGAGCCAAAAACCAGACCCAGGCCUGGCAGGGACCCAGCCCUGCUCUACCACGUCACCUACAACACGUCCUCAGGGCUCACAGGGGACACCUACGACAUCGUGGUCAUCGCGGCGCCGCUCGGCCGCAAGAUGGCCAACAUCACCUUCCUCAACUUCAACCCUCCCAUCCCGCAAUUCCCGAAUCCCUACCACCAGACCGUCACCACCUUGGUGCACGGCCGCUUGAACGCCUCCUUCUUCGGCUACCGCGACCCCCAGGCUUUUCACCUGGGCUCCAUUUUCACCAUGGACAACCCCAAACUCUUCAUCAACAGCCUGGGUGUGGUGUCCCCGGUGGGGGACGCGGGCGGGGAGCCGCCGCUGCGGUCGGCUGUCUGGAAGGUGUUUUCCAAGGAGGAGCUGACCAAGGAGCAGCUGGGUUUGCUCUUCUCCUCGUACGACGCGGUGAAGGUGAAGCGCUGGUUGGCGUAUCCCCAGUACAGGCCUCCUGAGAAGUUUCCUCCCAUCGUCCUGCACGAGCAGCUGUACUACCUGAACGGGCUGGAGCGCGCCGCCAGCGCCAUGGAGAUGAGCGCCAUCGCCGCCCGCAACGCCGCCCUGCUCGCCUUCCACCGCUGGCAUGGCCACAGCCACAGCAUCGACCAGGAGGACCUGCAUGAGAAGCUCAAAACGGAGCUCUGAGACCUCCCCCAGGGCUUCAUUAACACUAAUGAGCUCCCUGCUUCGUCCUCUGAGGAGGUGUUUCAUGGGAUCGUGGGAUCCUUGAAGUUGGAAGACUUUCAAGAUGAUCAAGACCUUCAAGAUCAUCAAGAUCUUCAGGAUCAUCAAGAACUUCAGGAUCAUCAAGACCUUCAGAUGAUCAAGAUCUUCAAGAUGAUCAAGAUCUUCAGGAUCAUCAAGAUCUUCAGGAUCAUCAAGAACUUGAAGAUGAUCAAGACCUUCAGGGUCAUCAAAGACCUUCAAGAUGAUCAAGACAUUCAGGAUGAUCAAGAUCUUCAGGAUCAUCAAAGAACUUGAAGAUGAUCAGGAUCAUCAAGACCUUCAAGAUGAUCAAGAUCUUCAGGGUCAUCAAAGACCUUCAAAAUGAUCAGGAUCUUCAGGAUCAUCAAGACCUUCAAAAUGAUCAAGAUCUUCAGGAUCAUCAAGAUCUUCAGGAUCAUCAAGAUCUUCAGGAUCAUCAAGAUCUUCAGGAUCAUCAAGAUCUUCAGGAUCAUCAAAGACCUUCAAGAUGAUCAAGAUCUUCAGGAUCAUCAAGAUCUUCAGGAUCAAAGACCUCCAAGAGAGCUAAUUAACAGCCAAGUAAUUAACACUAAGGAGCUCCGUGCUUUUCCCCUCCCAGGAGGUGUUUUGUAGGAUCAUGGGAUCCUUAAGGUUGGAAGAUCUUCAAGAUCUUCAAGAACAUCAAGAUGCCGUAAUUAACUCUAAUGAACUCCAUACUUUUCCCCUCCAAGGAGGUGUUUUGUAGGAUCAUGGGAUCCUUAAGGUGGGAAAAUUCCUGAAUUUUCCUCAAACUCCUUGAUUUAUUCCUGUCUGAGAGUAGGGAAUUCAUUAAAAGUGCAAUAUUGACCCCAAAAGUGCCCUCCAGCUGGGAAUAUCGACUCCCUGGCUGUCCAUCCCUCUGCCCCAACUUUUCCAAGGGGUCUGACAAAGAAUUAUUCCUCAGAGUGGAAAUUGGGGGGGAGUGGGAUACUGGAAGCUGCCAAAAUGGGUGGGAAAGAGGAAAAACCACCAAAAAUAGCACAGAUUUAACACCCACUUCAAUAAAUCAAAGUUUUCCAUGA